UCGGAGAGAUCCGUAAUCCUGCUGGCAGGCUCCGGCUCUUUCCCUGGAUUCCUUUUAACGCUGCGCUGACCAUGGGAGGCAGAGAGGUGAUGGUGACCAGGCUCCUCCAGGAUGAACCACAGUUUAUACGCAGACGCUUCAACAAUGUUUGGAGGCCUCAGUCACAGAACCCGAUAAGGAUCAGACCGAGCUCCGUGCUCAAGCAGGAACCCAGAGACCCCGGCCCCGGCGAGAUGAGUGUGGAGCCCAGUGCCGGCCAGCAGCUCCAGGCCACCGCCGAGCACCGUGAGAGCACCCCGCCCUCGCCGCCCUUCCAGGACCUCCAGGAGCAACAUCCCGACCAGGUCUGCGUGGACGCCUACUUCACCGAGCUGAAAACCAUUCAGCUGGGGAGCGGCUACGAAGAACUGGACAGCGCUAGGAGGGAUUCUAGACAAUCAGAAGACGGAGAGCAAGAAGAACAGUGGCUAGUCGACGUUGGUCUGUCCAACGUAAUCAACGAGGAGUGCGAAGGUAUGGACAACAUGGUGCUGAUGUCCACGCUAACCCACACUCAGGCGCAGACGGUCCAGCGCAGACUGAUUUCCUACACCAUACGCAAGAAGAACAAGACUUCAAUUCCACACAUUCGGGACUUCUUCGGUCAGGAGAACCAGAGCCAGUCUGACUCUCAGCCUUGUGAAGAGUUGGCCCAAAACAACAUGGCAUCAGUCUCCCAAGCCCCUCAAUCAGAUGAAAAACCGGGACGCCGGCGAAACCCUGCAAAAGAGGAGGAGUUUAAAACCGACGUGGCUUACUGUGAACAAGCCAGACUGGCCAAACAUGAUAACACCCAGCGGAAGAGAGAGGACGGCACCUUGCCGCGGGUGAUCUGCCCCAAGUGCAGCUUAGGGGUCACUCAAAUUCAAGAUCUGUCCCACAGCGACAUGAAGAAGGUGCGGCAGUUGGCUCUUAUCGACAUGACGGCGCUGUGCGAUCUCCUUGAGCUGGGGGUCAAGCGGCACAAGAAGACCAAAAGGAAAAUCCCAGAGAGGCCAUUGUUUGGUGUGCCGCUGGCCACAAUGCUGGAGAACGACCAGAAAGUUGAGCCCAACGCCACUACUCCCCGCUUUCUCCAAGAGCUUUUGACUUUUUUGGAGAAGGAGGGAGUGCAUUCAGAGGGGAUCCUGCGGAUUCCAGGGUCUCAGUCAAGAAUCAAGCUGCUGCAGAAGAAUCUGGAGGCCAAUUUCUACUCAGGUCAGUUCCGAUGGGACGAAGUAAGCCCAAACGAUGCGGCCGCACUUCUCAAAAAAUUCAUCCGAGAACUUCCUGCUCCCCUGCUCACCACUGAGUACCUCAACAUCUUCAUCGCCAUCAGAGACAUCCCCGAGCUGAAGCAGAAACUUCACAUGUUGAACCUGCUCAUCCUGCUGCUGCCCGAGUCCAACAGGAACACCCUGAAGGCUCUCCUGGAAUUCCUCAGCAAAGUGGUGUCUAAGGAGAAGUGGAAUAGGAUGAACCUGUGGGCCGUGGCGACCAUCAUGGCUCCCAACCUGUUCCUCCACAAGGCCGUGCCCAGCAGGCUGACCGAGGCAGCAGGAAGAGACCAGGUGGAGAAAGCCGCCGACGUCAUGAGGCUCCUCAUCCGCUAUCAGCACCUGCUGUGGAUGAUCCCAAUUUUUGUCAUGAGCCAGGUGCGAAAGCUGAACGAGAACAGCAGCAGGCGUUACCAGUUUUACGACCGCCGCUUCAAGAACCUUCGCUCCAGAUUGAGCCACACAGACAGACAUGAAAAAGUGGAUAAAAACACCACAGAGUCACGGCGGACGGUCAAGAUCCACAUUGGGGAUCAGGUGAAGAAGACCAUGGCGGUGGACAUCAACAGCAGCUCCCGGGCAUCAGACGUGCUCAACAACUUUUACCAGCUGUUCCUACACAGCCCUGAAAAUGGGAAGGGCCAACAGCGAAGGAAUGGCUCUGUGUCUUUCUCAGACUACGCCUUGUACGAAGUGGGCGGAAAUAUCGGGGAGCACCGCCUGGACCCCGACACCCAACUACUGGAUUUGUACAAGAGCAACUCUGCAGGUGAGUGGAUCAUCAAGCUGAAGACAAACAGCAGCAAAGGAAUGUGAUGGAUGGAGCGGGCCUCUGACCAAGAAAAAGAAGCAUGCUGGAGUCAUUUCAUGGUGACGUCCACAAGACCGAAGACGGACAUUCCAAAUAGAGGAUGAACAAUCUGCCAGGUGGACAUUCUUCAAUUCAAAAUCUGCAUCUUUUUUUGGUCUUUUGACUCAUGACCUCCUGCUGACAAGGAGAGAGGACACUUUUCUCUGCAGCCAUCAUGGCCAUUGGACACUGAGCAGAUGGCCAUGCACACACACACACACACAUAUAUGCACACACACUCUCACACAUGUGCACACACACACACUCACACAUGCACACACACACGCUCACACACACACAUGUGCGCACACACACAUAUUAUUGUAUUUUUUACCUUCUUGAGACCUCCGAAAAAUGCCUACCUCUUUAGGACCACCCUUUCUCAAUCUCAAAGGGCUGCACAAGCCACAACGACAUCCUCGGCUCAGAUCCCACUUUAGGGCAAGAAAAAACUCAAGUGGAAAUGGUUAAUAAUGUGAGAGUUUGACCUUGAACUGUUAUUAGGUAAAUAACUAACAAACUAACUAAAUAAAUAAAAUGGCCCCAUUUACAAAAUAGUUUUCCGUAUGCGGCCAUUUUGGACACCCAUGGUUAUUUAUUCGUGUGUGUGCGUGUGUGUGUGUGUGUGCGUGUGUGUGUGUGUGUGUGUGUGUGUGUGUGUUCUUGUAUUUAUACCCAUCUUGAGACAUCAAGAAGGAAAAGUACCUUCCAUAUGAGGAGGUGCGAACAAGUUAGGAAAGUGCUCCCCGUCUGGUCAACAUAUGAAAUAACAAGUGUGUGUAAGAAAUUGAAAUGUGUCCCCUUUGGCCACAAUUAAUAAAAAAUAAUAAAAUAAAUAUGUCUAUAGAAACAUACUGUAAUAACUUGAAGUAAUUAAUGAAGAUUAAAAACCAAUUACAAACAAAACAUUAAACAACAAAAAAUUAACUAAAAGCAGUCUUUUUCUCACAAUGUGUCGACUUUUUUCUUAUACAAUUGGGAACGAUUUCUCAUAUUCUUUCUGUUUCUGUAAUAUUGCAAUUUUUUCUCGUAAAAUUAUUACUUUAUGUAAAAUUAUUACUUUUCAAUGCAAAAUGGCGACAUUUGUCAUAUAAAAUUCUGACUGUUAUCACAAUAUUGCCCAUGUUUUGUUGUUCUUGUAAAAUAGAUACAUUUUUGGAGUAAAAGUAUGACUUUUGUCAUAAUUUUGCCAAUUAAAAUUCCAAUUAUUAUUAUAAUAUUGCCAACAUUUUAAAGUUUUCUUAUAAGAUUGAGACUUUUGCUGAGUAAAAUUACGACUCUUUUCAUAAAAUUGCCAACAUUUUAAGCUUUUCUUGUAAAAUGGCGACUGUUAUUGAGUAAAAUUCCAACUUUUAUCAUAAUAUUGCACAAAUGUUCAGUUUUUCUUGUAAAAGUUUGACUUGCGUUAAGUAAAAUGACGACUUUUAUUAUAAUACUGCCAAAAGUUUUUCUUGUGAAACUGUGACCUUUUUCUUGUAAAAUUCCCAACUCAUUUUUCACAACAAGCUUUUUUAUAUUUGCAUAGUAUGUAUAUAUUAGUAAUGUUGUAAAUAUAAAUCUUCAUAUAUCUAGAAAGGGUGGUCCUAAAGACGUAGGCAUUUUUCGCAGGUCUCAAGAAACUAACAAAUACAAGAAUGUGUGUGUGUGUGUGUGUGUGUGCAUGUGUGUGUGUGUGUGUGUGUUCUUGUAUUUCUACCCUUCUUGAGACAUCACACAAGGAAAAGUACCUUCCAUAUAAGGACCGGUGAACAAGUUAAGACCGAAAUCAUGGUCCCAAUACGGAAGACCAUUGCAUCUAAUAGAGAGCCAAAUACUAGAGUCCGUGAACAUUGCUCCAAAGUCAGGAUGUUUUGUUGAUUUAAUGUGCAUACAAAAGUAAACAUUGACAUGUGCAAUGGCAGCAAGACGGCAGCUAAAGAAGGACUUCCCUAUUCAUCCCCGAAAAAACCCGCCAGGUGAACGGCUGAUUUUACGACUUCCGGUGCUGACGUAAGACAACCCAUAUGUGACCAUAGGAUGAAAAAAUACACUACGGUACUAAGACUAUAGUGGCCAUUAACAGUUAGCUUCUACAGCUGGGUUGCCCAAAGUGCGGCACAGGGACCAUCUGUGGUCCGUGACUCCUUUGUCAUCGGCCUUAAGCACGUUACAGAAAACAAAAAAUAGAGAUCUCAUUUGCACCCCUGGUGGUGAAAUCUAUCAAAUUUAGGGUAGUCCCAAAAAGGAGGGAAUUUUCAAAUUGACUGUGUGUCUGUUUUAAAAGUGCUCCCCCUCUGGUCAACAUAUGAAAUAACAAGUGUGUGUAAAUAUUUGAAGUGCUCCCCCUCUGGCCAACAUACGUAAUAACAAGUGUGUGUAAGAAAUUGAAACUAAUAAAAAUGUAUACAAAUAAAAAAGUAUCUAUAUAGACAUACCAUAAUAACUUGAAGUAAAUAAUGAAGAUUAAAAAACAAUUAGCUUUAUAUAUAUUACACUUUAUAUAUCUAGAAAGGGUGGUCCUAAAGAGGGAGGCAUUUUUCGGAGGUCUCAAAAAGGUAACAAAUACAAGAAAUGUGCGUGUGUGUGCGUGUUUUUUUUUUUUUAAAGUGCUCUCCCUCUGGUCGACAUAUGAAGUAACAAGUGUGUGUAAAAAUUUGAAGUGCUCCCCCUCUGGCCAACAUAUGUAAUAACAAGUAAGUAAGACAUUGAAAUGCGCCCCCUUUGGCCAAAAAUAAUUACAAAAAAAAUAAAUAAAUAUGUAUAUAGAGACAUACUGUAAUAACUUGAAGUAAAUAAUAAAAAUUAAAAAACAAUUACCAACAAAAAAUUUAAAAAAAACAUAGCUUUGUAUAUAUUACACUUUAUAUAUCUAGAAAGGGUGGUCCUAAAGAGGUAGGCAUUUUUCGGAGGUCUCAAGAAGGUAACACAUACAAGAAUGUGUGUGUGUGUGUGUGUGUGUGUGUGUGUGUGUGUGUGUGUGUGUGUGUGUGUGUGUGUGUGUGUGUGUGUGUGUGUGUGUGUGUGUGUGUGUGUGUGUGUGUGUGUGUGUGUGUGUGCCAUUGAAAGAGCUGUGCUGAUUGAUAUCUCCUUAUCAGCGCUCUCACGGGCCUUACAGACAACAAAGACAUGGCUAACCUGUGCACUGUGUCGCACAAAGACCUUUCCUGACCUCUAACACCACCUAACGCCACCUCACCGACGCAGAGCGGUUGAAGCCGGUUUUUAUUUGUGCAAGGUUGUCAAUGUAAAUGCAUUGAGUGUAUUUGUUUACUAAUACAUGUGCUUAUUUACUGUUGAGCAGGCGUGUGUGUGUGUGUGUGUGUGUGUGUGUGUGUGUGUGUGUGUGUGUGUGUGUGUGUGUGUGUGUGUGUGUGUGUGUGUGUGUGUGUGUGUGUGUGUGUGUGUGUGUGUGUGUGUGUGUGUGUGUUCUGGCAAUGCUUACUUAAUGGGGACGUCGCUCUGUUUACACAGUCACCUUUAGGGGACCUCUGACGGUAUGGGGACAAAAAAACAGGUCCCCUAAAGGGAAACCUUUUUAAAGGAUGUCGUUGUGGCUUGUACAGCCCUUUGAGACACUUGUGAUUUAGGGCUAUAUAAAUAAACAUUGAUUGAUUGAAAUGAUAGUCAGAUCCAUCCUGAAGAUGCCUAAGUGAUUUUAUUUUUUUUUCUUAUUUUUUCCUUAAGAUGACAUUUUCAUACAGCAUGAUUAUAAAACAUUGUUACCUUAAAGCAGGGGUAGGGAACCUAUGGCUCUCGAGCCAGAUGUGGCUCUUUAGAUGACUGCAUCUGGCUCUCAGGUAAAUCUUAGCUGACAUUGCUUAACACGAUAAGUAAUGAAUAAUUCAUCCAACGCCCUUGACGCGAAUCCCUUAGGGGGGAUGGACGGCUGGGCAGUGCCUGAAGAGCUGCAGCCUGACACCGUAGCCCCCACUCCCUCCCCUCUGUUGCAAGUCUGUAUGUUGUAAUUAGGGCUGCAACAACUAAUCGAUUAAAAUCGAUUAUAAAAAUAGUUGGCGAUUAAUUUAGUCAUCGAUUCGUUGUAUCCAUGCUAUGCGCAUGCGCAGAGGCUUUUUUUUUUUUUUUAUGUUUUUUUUUUUUAUGUUUUUUUUUAAAUAAACCUUUAUUUGUAAACUGCAACAUGUACAAACAGCUGAGAAACAAUAAUCAAAAUAAGUAUGGUGCCAGUAUGCUGUUUUUUUUUCAAUAAAAUACUUGAAAGGAUAGAAAUGCAGUUUGUCUCUUUUAUCCGAUUAUUAAUUGAUUAAUCAAAGUAAUAAUCAACAGAUUAAUCGAUUAUCAAAUUAAUCGUUAGUUGCAGCCCUAGUUGUAAUACGUAUAUGUGCUUUGCUCUGGAGCUGAGACUUACCUACCUGCCUACCUAAUUACCAUACUUGCCAACCUUGAG